UAUGUCGAUGGAGUGCUCAGCAAAGCUUACGACUACGAACUUUUGGACCAUUCAACCUGGAACGACAGUGUUAGAGAAUACAUCAGCUUGAAGACGCUCAAUACCUCAAACAAUAUGCUACUCCGAUCUUGUAAGUUUAAUGGUAGACUCAUUGGUCGAUCGAAGCCAUACAGAUUCUGCUCAGAACAGAAAGCCUCCGGCUCAUACAAUAUACUAGUCAUAGAAAACAGUUUUGCUUGGAACCAGGGAGAUUUGGUGUAUGAUGCCUUCAAGAAUUAUGCUCGUCGCUUUAGCGUGUUCUGCAUAAGAGGCUGCGAAUUUAUGACGAGGAUUAACACAAAACUAGAGCAAUGCACAACUUACGCGAAUUCCUACUUCGAUGCUGUGCUUGACGAACUAAAACCGGAUAUAAUAUUUAUUUUGAGUAGAGCAUUUACUGCCAAACUACGAUUCAAUCUUACACCGUUUUCUCUCGAAAAGGAUACCAUCUUCAAUGAUUAUAUGAACACUAUGAAGAAGUUGGAGAAAUUCGCCAAAAAGGUGUAUCUAUUACAAGCAUUGCCUUCGUGUACACAGCAUGAAUGCGCCAAGAAUGUUUGGGAUUAUGUGAGAAAAAACAGACCCUUAGAUAUUGUUAAGAAACAACUCAUUGACAGAGACGAAUUUUUCGCCCGUUUAAGGAUAGAAGAAGUUGGCAAGAGGUGUAAAAAAUGUGAAAUUAUUGAUUAUAUGCCGCUACUACUCGAUGGCAGCGGACGUUAUCUAAGAUACGAUCCCGAAAACGGUUUUUUAUAUCUAGAUGGACAUAAUCAUCUCACUGAUUUCGCAAAAGAACGGAUUCGUCCGCUUUUCAACCGCCUCGCUGAGGAAUUUGGAAAAGCCAUGCCCGUUUGA